AGGGCCCAGAACAAAUACACGUCUCCAAGUUCUACAAGGAGUCGAAGAAUGGUAAAUUUGUUUCCUACAUCACAGAGAACGUUCGAACGUUGUAUCAGACGUUUCGCGAGGGCGCCUACGCCUCCAACAAUGGACCCUGCCUUGGCUGGCGAGAGACUCUAACAUCGCCUUAUCAGUGGAUCAACUAUGAUGAGGCACUGCUGCGGGCCAAGAACUUUGGCUCAGGGAUGCUGGCGCUGGGCGCACGGCCCAAGCAGCUGAUCGGGAUCUACUCGCAGAAUCGGCCGGAGUGGAUAUUGUAUGAGCAGGCGUGCUACUCGUUCUCCCUGGUUGUGGUUCCACUGUACGACACGCUCGGCCCGGACGCCUGUGCUUUUAUCAUACGCCAAACGGAAAUGUCCAUUUGUAUUGUGGAAGACGAUGCCAAGGCGUCGAUGCUGCUGGAGAAAUCACCGCGUAGCCUGAAGAUCAUUGUCUCCAUCAAGCCCAUCCGCCAGACGACACUGGAGCGUGCGCGCAGUCGGGGCGUCCAAAUCUUCUCGUUCAUCGAUGUCGAGAAACUGGGCGCCAAGGGCAAUCAUCCGGAGGUGCCGCCCACAGCGGAGGAUCUGUGCACCGUCUGCUAUACAUCGGGCACCACCGGCAAUCCCAAGGGCGUCAUGCUCACCCACGGMAACGUGGUGGCCGGCGUCUGUGCGGUGAUCCUGCAAAUGGGCGAUCACCGCAUACGGGCCGGAGACGUGAUGAUCUCCUUYCUGCCGCUGGCGCACAUGUUCGAGCGCUGCUGCGAGAACGGCAUGUACUACGUGGGCGGCUGUGUGGGCUUCUACUCCGGCGACAUCAAGGAGCUGACCAACGACCUGAAGAUGCUGAGGCCCACGGUGAUGCCGGCGGUGCCGCGCCUGCUGAAUCGGGUCUACGACAAGAUACAGAAUGAUAUCUCCGCCUCGAGCCUGAAGCGCGGCCUCUUCAACAUGGCCCUGAAGGCCAAGGAGAAGGAGAUCGCCCGAGGCGUGCUGCGCCGCAACGGCUGCUGGGACAAGCUUGUGUUCAAGAAGGUGCACCAGGCCUUUGGCGGCAAUCUGCGGCUCAUGGUCGUCGGCUCAGCGCCGCUGGCUGGCAACGUGCUCACCUUCAUGCGCUGCGCCCUCGGCUGUUUGGUGCUCGAGGGCUAUGGCCAAACGGAGUGCACGGGUGCCAUAACGCUCACCGUGCAGGGCGACCAUGUGCCCAAUCACGUCGGCCCGCCCGUCUCCUGCAACGCCGUCAAGCUCGUCGAUGUGCCCGAAAUGGAAUAUUUCGCCAACCAGAAUACGGGCGAGGUCUGCGUGCGCGGCUCCAAUGUGUUUCAUGGUUACUAUAAGGAUCCCGAGAAAAGCUGCAUUAUCGCUGUUGUUGUACCUGAUGUCGAUGUCCUGAAGCAGUGGGCCACGGAAAACAAUGUACGCGGCACACUGUCCGUCCUGUGCAAUAAUAAGAAUGUAAAGGAACUGAUUAUGAAUGAUAUGCUCAACUGGGGCAAACAGAGUGGACUGAAGUCAUUUGAGCAGGUCAAAGAUAUUUAUUUGCAUCCAGAUCCAUUUUCUGUACAAAAUGGUUUGCUGACGCCCACAUUCAAGGCCAAGCGGCCGCAAUUGAAAAGCUAUUUCAAGCCGCAACUGGAGGAUAUGUAUAAACAUUUGGAUUAAAGCAAUAUACAAACGUA